AUGAAUAUUACUGGUAACAUUCCGCUAUUAAGUUAUUUUAGAAGACUGCUGAAGCAAUCUUAUGCACUCUAUUUGAGUCAUACUCUUAUUCUUGGCAUCAGUAUCAUGAUCAGGUCAAACUAUUUCAGCCUGAUUAAUAUGCCUGAUCACCUCAUUCCUGCUGCCCCUGCCCCUCCUACCAUCAUCCACUACCUGCAUUCUGUCUCUGCCCCACCAACUACUGCUACUGCUCCAUCACUACUGCCACCACCCACCACUGCCUCUGUGCCUCUCCCUAGUGCCAACAGGGUCUCCACCUGUCAAAUGGCAGAUAUUAGAGCUUCUGUCUGGUUCACAAAGCUGGUUCUGGAGGAGCAGGAGGAGGAGAAGGAGGAGAAGAAAAAGAAGAAGAAGAAGAAGAGAAAGAAAACAGAGAAGAAGAAGAAGAGAGAGAAGAAGAAAGAGAAAGAGAAUUAUAAUAAUGACAAGAAUAAUGAUAAUGACAAGAACAAUAACAAUAAUGAUGAUGAUAAACUUGCCAUUUAG